AUGACAGACAAACGGCAUGCUAAAGACAUAGAACUCCUGCGACUAUACCUACAAGAUCUCCCGAAUGAAUUGCCCUUACGUUCUGCCCAAGAUUCGUCCUAUGGUUUCCACGCAUUUGGGCUUGACGAGGAAUGGCUGAAGGAAGAGGGUCAGGAAGCAGCCGCAAACCGCCAGCUUGAAGUCCAGUGGGGAACACCACGCACCACAGUCGCAGUGUUGAGAGAACGUGGCCCGGGCAUUGAGGCUAUCGCGGACGUGCUGGAUCAACACCUCGGGAUGUUACCUGACUCGAAGUGGUUGGAUGAUGUGCUAGACUCCGUCAGGCUGACCUUCGAAGUAUACACAAAAGAUUUGCCGACCCACGAGCAGGCUACAUUGGAUGAAUCAGUAGAGUCAUCCGGCGGAGCCGAGGCGUCUGAUGCAGCAUCAUCACCCCCCAAAGCGCCGAAGCAGCAGCGCUCUAAGCGAAAGAAAAUCGACAGCCAUAAGCUCACGGACAUAGCUGAUCCCGCCUGGCGGGACCUACCUGAAGGAGCAGACGGACGCUCAUCUGGCGCUAAGGCACACCCCGAUCUCAUAGCUUCGACAAGGCUCUUCCUGGGCUCUUCCACGUAA